GGUGUAAAUUGAGACUGUGAAAAGGGAUGUUUGUGUGAGGCUUAAGUGUGUACUCUCGGAUGAUUCCAGGUGUUCUGCUGCCUCUUUAUUUGCUGCAAAAUGGAUCAGAUCACACCAACAACAUUCAGUGACGAUUACUGGGAGUUUGGCGACUAUGAUAAUUAUACUGCUAACGUGAGUGCAAGCAAUGCAGCCCCAUGCAUGCCAGACGACAUCUAUGGUUUUGCACGCCGCUAUGCCCCUGUGGUGUACAUCCUGGUGUUCAUCCUGGCUGCAGUGGGUAACAUUCUAGUGCUGUGUGUGCUCCGGCGCUACCGAAACUCUCAGAGCGGAGGGGCCUGCGCCUUCUCUCUCACUGACACCUUCCUCCUUCACUUGGCCAUCUCUGACCUUCUGCUGGCCUUCACGCUGCCCCUGUUUGCAGUGCAGUGGGCCCACCAGUGGGUAUUCGGCUUGGCUGCUUGCAAGAUCUCAGGUGCCCUCUUCUGCCUGAACCGCUUCAGUGGCAUUCUCUUCCUUGCCUGUGUCAGCUUUGACCGCUACCUGGCCAUUGUCCACGCUAUCAGCUCUGGCUGGAAGCGCAACUCCUGCCACGCCCAGAUUGCGUGCACCUUUAUCUGGGUGGGGUGCCUGGGCCUGAGCGCGGUGGAUAUCACCUUUAAGCAGGUGGUGGAGGUGGAUUCCCUGGGCCAGCCAGGCCAGCCAGUGUGCCAGACAUGGUUCAUCCAAAACUCUCUGCAGUGGCAGGUGGGGCUGCAGCUGGUCAGCAUGGUUCUUGGUUUUGGAUUCCCUCUACUGAUCAUGCUCUACUGCUACAUCCGGAUCUUCAAGUCACUGUGCAAUGCUACUCGCCGCCAAAAACGCAAGUCCCUCCGCCUCAUCAUCUCCCUGGUGUCUGUAUUUGUUCUCUGCUGGGCACCCUACAACUGCUUCCAGCUGGCAGACAGCCUGCAGAGGCUGGGUGUGAUUAAAGGUGGUUGCCUGUUUGGCCGUGCAGUGGACAUUGGGACCCUGGUUACUGAGAGUCUGGGGUUGUUGCACUGUGCCCUAAACCCUCUGCUGUAUGGAUUUGUGGGGGUGAAAUUCAGGAGAGAGCUGGCCAAGAUGUGCAAGGAGCUGUUAGGUCAGAGAGGCUGGCACAGGCAUGUGGAAUGGAGGCCGAGGAAGAUGAGAAAGAUCACUGGAUCGUUCAGCUCCGUAGAGAGCGAAAACACAUCCUACUCCGUGAUGGCAUGAACCUUGACACAAUGAGAAGGGAAAAGAGAGAGAUGAAUGGCAAAUGUGUGUGUGUGUGUGUGUGUGUGUGUGUGGGUUGCAGGGGGCUAAGUGAAUGAAUUUCAGAAAGAAAAGAGGAGCACUGUUCAAAAAAAACAAAAAAAAAAAACAAAAAAACAAAAAACAAAGACCUUAAAAACUGUUCUCUAAAUAUUACAGAUUACUGUGUGUGAUGUGUUUAUUCCUCUUGUGCUUCACGGACCAUAGACUGUGCCACUCACAACAACUUGUCUUGUUUUUCUGAAAACAUUCUGUCAUUCUGAAACUACAGACUCAAGUUGCUCAAAGUGACAAAAGAAAGCGUACACGAGUGCCUACAUGUCAGUACUUGCGUAGAAUGUGUUUUUGUGAGAAGUCCUUCACUUUCCUUGCUUGUGAAACAUCUGAAUUUCGACACAUCCCUGCAGAAAAGCUUGUUCAGCACCCAAGAGUCGAGAUGUGGCUUUGAUGGUCAGAUUCAUUUUGUAUUUCACAUCCUUGCACUCAGUAGCUGUUCUUUAUCGACUGAUUUCUGCAGUUAAGUAUUUUGUAUUUUACCAUGUAACAGCAGCUUAAAAACAAAACAAAACAAAACAAACAAACAAAAAAAAACAAAAAACAAGAUGGUAUAAGGUGUUGAAAUUAUCAUUCUACAACCAAUAUGCCUUUAAUGCUUUUUCUUGAUGAUCAGUAUGGGUCACUAAGCACUCUGUGACACAGGUCUUAACCGAUCCUCCCAGACGGUUUAGAAAUAAUGAGUCAUCUGUCUGUAUCCGCAUUUUGUCCAGUGGAAAAAAAGAAGAAAUGAGCAUGACUGACUUAUUUUGAUAUGUUUGAAUGUUAUGUCCAUGUACAGCCUUUUAUAGCAACAUUUAUAAUAAACACAAUGUAUGGGGAAAAAAAACAUCACUGUGUUGAAUGUCGUCUGUUGUUGUGCAUGUUGCCCACUGUCAUGUGCUGGCUUAAUAAACUGAGUUCCCACGUGGAGUUGGCCU